UCUUGCCGCUUCUCUUCUCUCCCUCCUUCGCAACUGUAGGUAGCUCCCCCCGCCCUCAAUUUUGUUCGCCGCCCGCCGCCGGCAAGCUCCUCUCCGCUCCGCCGCCGUCCCCCAGAAAAUAUCUUCUCCCCCUUGCUCCAUCCCUCUCGCAUUUAUUUGGCUCCUCUCUCUCGCGGAACUACCCAAGCGCGGAAACUAAUUAAGGUUUGCCAAACUGGUAGUGAAAACCUAGGCGGGCUCCCAGCGCGAGGCAGCCAGCCGGGGCACCCGAGCGCGACGCCGCCGGCCGCUCCCUCCCUUCCUCUCUAUUUGUGGAGGGCGGGUCCUCCUCCAUUACCACCAUCACAACCAGCCGCUCCCCCCCCCCCCCCCCCGGGCAGCAGCGCCGCUCAUCUUCCUCGGCCUCGCGGAGUGGAGUUGAGUGGGUUGAGUUCUUGUUUUGUUGGUAGGAAGGGAAAAUAACCCUAGAUUUGCGUCCAUUGGGUUGUGGACUCACCGAAUUGUUGUAACGGAGGGUGUUGGUUUUAUUCCCGGUCGAAAUCCAAAUCUUACUCUGCAAUUCAGAGAGGUGAAUUUUAUUUAUUUAUUUCAAAAAGAGAGCUGCGGAUUUAUCCGCGCCAAUCCAUCCAUCCAUGGUCCGAGUAGGCUCUUCUUCCUCCUCUUCCUCAGCGCGCAAGGCCAAUAGAGCCAAGCAAGUUGAGGAAGUGUUUGAUGAAUUGAUCAUCAAGAUAGAACCUAUGGAGUUUGAUCUGCCGCCCGUGUUGAAACAAUGGAAGUUAGGCUACUAUGUACCAAUCAAGCGGAAUGUAUAUCGCACUAAGCGACGUAUUGAAGAUUAUGGCAUUUUCUGUUCUUGUACCCCUUCUUCCAGAUCAUCAGUUGCUUGUGGCAAAGACUGCCAAUGUGGGAUGCUGUUCUCUUGUUGCUCAUCAAACUGUAAUUGUGACAACACAUGUGCCAACAAAUCAUUCCAACACAGACCUCUCAAGAAAACAAAAUUGAUUACAACAGAGAAAUGUGGAUUUGGAUUGGUAGCUGAGGACGAAAUAAAGAAAGGAGAAUUUGUUAUAGAAUAUGUGGGAGAAGUUAUUGAUGACAAAACAUGUGAGGAAAGACUAUGGAAAAUGAGAAGGCUGCGUGACACUAACUUCUACCUUUGUGAGGUCAGUAGUAAUAUGGUUAUUGAUGCAACAGACAAGGGCAACAUGUCCCGGUAUAUAAAUCAUAGUUGUGAACCAAACACAGAGAUGCAAAAAUGGACUGUCGAUGGAGAAACCAGAGUUGGGAUAUUUGCUCUUCGUGACAUAAACAAAGGGGAGGAGCUGACCUAUGACUGUAAAUUUGUCCAGUUUGGAGCUGGUCAAGAUUGUCAUUGUGGAUCUUCAAACUGCAGAAAAAUGCUUGGCACAAUGAAAUCGACAAAGCCGGUUAAUUCAAUUCUUCUUCACAAUGGCAAUUCAGGAAGCUCACGGAAUCAGCCCGUCAGGAAGAAGAAAAAGACAAAGUGUGAGAAUUGCCUUGGGCAGUUUCUUCGUUUGUGGCAUCCACGUGAAAAAAUGUACGUCACAUGUUGGGUAUAUGACUUUGAUCAAGAAACUAAACUACAUACUUUGCAGUUUUGUGAUUACCAUACUGAAAAGUUUAAUUUGAAGGAAGAAGAUUGGGCCUUCUUACCGGAUCCAAAUGAUCCGACAGAUGAAUCUGACUGAUCAUUGAAGGACCAUCAUGGUCUGCGGCGCUGCCAGCCUGAUUCGGCUCAUUUGUCAUCGCAGCAAAACCAAUCGGCAGUUUUCUCCCAUUUGGAAUUUACUGCAACCCUCAACUCAGGCUUGUGUGUGCGUGCUCCGGCCUCAUAAACUGUUACUGCUGUUUCAAUUGCCGAACUGAACGAUACCCAAGUUGUAUUGUUCGUUGCGCAUCUUGUGAUGCUCAAAAACAAAAUAAAGCCUUGGCGAGUGUACCGUUCCAGCAUUGUUGUGUCGUGCUGUGAAAUCGUACUUUGGGAGGAGAUGACAUGUCGGUUAUGGUCAAUAUAAAAUGGGCAGGCAUACCCUUCAACUGCCUAUGUUGGAACGUUUCUAA